AGCGCCGUUGCGCUGCGCGUCUCUCGUCAGUCAAAUCGCGAUCGUCGUUGUGUGAUCAUUCGUUAACGCAUUGCAUUUCUUAUACAAAUCUCGGCACGUGCGGACUGACCUACGUACGAAAAUAACCUCGUCGAGAAAUUUUGUGUGUGUGCGUAUUUUGCUGAAAUUUCUUUCUACAUGGCAGUUACAUCAAUUCCUACAAACAGGCUUAAACAGCGUGGUGAACAGCGGAUCUGUGAGCAAGAGAAAGAAAAAAGAUAUUUGUACCCUAUCAAAGACAUUAUUGACUUGAAUUAUGAUGGAGCGAUUGAUGCUGCUGACCUUUCUAGUCACCACCACAGUGUUAUGUCACGAGCCGUUUCAAAUGAUCUUUGAAUGGAAGUCCUUUGACUUCCACUGGCCAUCAGAGGAACAACGGAAAUAUGAUAUAUUGCGUGGCGAAUACAUACCGGAGAAUAUUUUAAUCACUACUGUGAAAUUUUGGAAGGGUAAAAUGUAUCUAACGUUACCGCGAUGGAAAGUCGGCGUACCGGUGACACUGGGCGUUACGUCGUCGAAACCGAUCAACGGACAUCAAGUGACAGCGCCCAAAUUGGAUGCCUUCCCCAGCUGGGACAUGCAGAAAUUGGACUAUUGUGCAGCAUUCCAAUUAGUUCACAGUAUAGAGAUUGAUCCUAAGGGUCGUAUGUGGGUGCUCGAUUCCGGCCGGCCCAUAUUUCUUAGGCAAUACAAAGCCGACUGCCCGCCUCGUCUUGUCAUUCUCGAUCUCGAGGACAACGACAAGAUUCUUCGUACUUACGAAUUUCCCGAGCAUGUGACUAACCGCAGAGAUGCGUAUCUCAAUGAUAUUGUUCUCGAUCAUGAGAACGGCGGUAUGGCAUACAUCACCGAUACUAGCAGUACUGAUCCCGGCAUCAUUGUUUAUUCCUUAAAGGAUAAUAAUUCCUGGAAGGUGCGACACGACUCUAUGAAAGCGAAACCAGAGACAAAAUCAUUCAUGGUAGCAAAUACACGUUUAAAGAAUCCAAUAGACGUAGACGGCAUAGCGCUUUCACCAGCGAGCAAUCGCGACAGACAAGUCUAUUACUCGCCUUUAUUUUCUUUCCAUCUGUACUCGGUUCCAGCAUCCGUCCUGAAGAACAACGUGACGAAUAUCGAUCAAUACGUGAAGGAACUUGGGCGGAAGUUUUCGCAGACGGAUGGCAUGAUGAUGUCGGCUACAGGCGUGCUUUACUUUGGUCUACUGGCUGACGACGCUAUUGCCACGUGGGAUACUAAGAAUACAACGUCCUUCACCGUCGGUCAACGAGUUAUAUGGCGCGAUCACGUACUAACGCAGUGGCCUGAUAGUUUUGCUUUUGAUGAGGACGGCAAUGUUUGGUGCGUUACCAAUAUGCUGCAAAACUUCUUAAUCAAACACGUUGAUGUCAACGUAUCCAUUCGUCUCAUUCGGUCACACGUAGGCGUUAGAAGUUAUCAAUAUUACGAAAACGGCACGGCACCCGCAUUACCAGAUAUCACCUCCAGUGCUAAUUCUGUUAGAUUUGUGUUCGCUGCGCUGCUGCUUGUCGCGUUAAUACUUAUCGCGAAAUAAUCGCUUGACAAUAACAGAAUUUGUUAAAAUUAUAUACUUUGCGCGCACGAAAAAAAAAAAUUUAUAAAUUUGCGUUAAAACUAUUAAAUCUUAAAUGUGUUUUUUUUCUUAUUUGCUUAUUACUUAUUUUACAAUUGAAGAAAUACAGCUGACAAACACUAUGAGAUACAACUUAUUAAACAAAAAUAUGAAUAAUUACUCUCAUUUCAUUGUUUCGAAUUUUUUUAUAUAGUUUAAAAGAUUAUUAGAUAAUUUCUUAUGUCAUUAUCUGACCAAACAAAAUUACUUUUUAAAAAAAA